GCUGUUUAGCGCAGUUUGUUGUUAAAUGCCUACGUGAACAAUUGUGAAGCGUAUUAACUAUCGUGUAAAUUUGUGAAAUGAAAGAAACGUUGUAUUAAAACUGAUUCAUAUAAAUUAAUUAGUAUUCACAGUUUUUGGAAACCAAUUUAUGGAGUUUUAAGUGUAGUUGGAGCGAAUUACUUUGAUAUUUCAUUCACUCAACGUACGAGUAAAUCACGUCUGGAAUUGAAUAACUAGUUGCGCUUUUUUCUCUGCCAAAUAUAACAAAUUGCGAGCAUUGGAAUAAUCAAGAAAAGUCCGAACUUUAUAGGGAUGAGGUCAGUGGUGAGAUAUAUUUAACUCUUAAAAUUACGCAUAUGUGAAGUAUUCGUGCGCUCAUUUGCACAUUGCCAUGGUGAUGUGGAAACGAAGGCAACUUGAAUACAAAUGAGAGUGCGGUUAUUGCGCAAAUCGGAGUCACACUCAUUUGAAGUUACGAUACUGCGGUAUUGGAUUCGAGAAACGAAGACAACUCACUGAGUUUAUGUAGAACCGGGAACGCAUACGGAUGUACAUUCGAAACGACGCGUUGCAGUCUAAAGCUAAGAGCAAGAGGAUAAUAAAUAAAUAAUAACCAUAAUCAUAAUAAACAUAAUAAAAAGCAGUAAUGUGCGUUUUAGGUGCAUGUAAUCACAUGUUGGUGUAGAUGAAGUGCUGUGAGUCGAAUGAGAAAUGUGAAGGGAGCAUCCCAUCACAUAAAAUGAAAUGUAAGCAUAAAAAGUGAAAAUUAAGUGGAAAAGUAUUUAUAAUAAAUAACUUUAAACAUCUACUGAAAACACAGUUUAUUAAGAGGGAAUUUACAUAUAUAUAUUAUCCAGAUGGUGUAGUGACCCACAAAAUCAUGUAGGAAAAAUGGAAGUGCAAUAAAAUUUUAACACACAGAAAUUCGCUUAAAGAGACAGGUGCCUUUGCAGUGAAACUUAGCUGCAUAAAUAGAUAUAUGCGAAUGCAAAAGUGAACUCCUUGAGUAAAAGGCAAAAUUCAGAAGUGCAAAGCAAUUUUAGCGACACCGCUAUAAAGUGAAAACAACAAGAGUACGGAUUGAGCAGCAACAGCCACGGCAAGGUAGCUUCUUAAUUUAGGCAGUUGUCGUCGCAUACUCGCGCAUUUGCCAAACAAAUAUUUUCACUUCAUCUCAACACACACACAUGCAAACACAUUAACACAUAUAUACUUAUAUAAACAUAGAUGCGCACUUUAGGCAAGGGGAGUGUAUCAGCUUUUAGGCGCAGCCAUUGCCGAAGCAAGAGCCAAGAAUAACAAACAUUGCAAGCGUCGAAGAGCAGAAUUUGCAGAAUCCACGUUGAAACACGUUUCCGCUAGAUGUUGGUGUGGCAGCCGACUGGAGACGAUACCUUAUUGGCAUAGUUUAAAGCAUCCACAGGCGGCUAAGACAUUCGUUAGUAGGCAUUGACUUUUCGAGACAGCAAACCUUGCGGCUUGCGUGCGUACGUGUUACCGUUACACUGCUACCUAUCUAAAUGUCGUAAAGUUGAAGGAUUUUUGGUGCCGAAUGAACACACACAUACACAUACAUUAGGCAGUGACUGCGGAUAGUCGCUAGUCGACGUUGUGCUAACCAAGUAUUUUGUAAAUACACCCUCACUCAUACGCAUAUCUAUAUACAUAUACACGUUUAGUAUGUGUAUGUAAAUACAGUUUAAACUCUGUUUUGUUUCAGUUGCAUAUUUCACCAAAAAAACUGUGUAUUAGUGUGUGCACAGCAAAGAAUAACGGCAACCGAUCCAUAGACGCUGUGCAGCCAACAAGGUUCUUUGGCGAGCCGUUCUUCGUCAGUUGCCAAUUAAUCACCUACCGGUGCAAGCGCAUAAAGUUGUAGUGAAACUGGCAAGUUGUUUAGCCUCAAUUGUAUCGCAUUUACCGAGUUAUCAAUGUGAAAAUUAAUUUAUACGUCAGCUAAACGAAAUUAGCUGUGAGUAGGUUAGUUCUGUAAGUGUUGUUUAUCGAACGCAUAGGAAAGUGUGUGGAAUAAAGAAAACAGUACAAAAUAGAUGAUCAAAUAAAAAAGAUUUUCAGCCAAAUGAAACGAGCCGGAUAAUCGGUAUAAACUGCAACGCAUUCAAUAUCGUCGCGUACACACAUCUGCAAUAUACCGUUAUAGUCGCCGCAAACCACAAUUCUGUCGGUGGCUGACCUACUGCGUUCGCCUGCACCCAAACAACUACUAUAACAAAAUAAACAAGGGCAACACAAUCGACCGCAACCGAGGACUCGUUCAAUAGCGCCUGACAUCAUCCGUCGCAUCGUACUCGACGUCCGCAUCGUCGUCUCAAGAUGACCACAGAUUUGUUGUUCCCGAAAAUUUCGGAUUGCUCAUACGUCUCGUGUUACUGCGAAGAGAAUGUUUGGAAACUUUGUGAACAAGUGAAGAAAACACGCAUCGAUGAACUUUCCAAAUGCUACGCGGUGUUCGUGUCAAAUGAGGGGCGCACAGUGCCGCUGUGGCGCCAAAAAGCAGGACGUGGCGAUGAUCAGGUCGUGAUAUGGGACUACCACGUUUUCUUUAUGCACAAUCCAUCACCAAAUCGCUGCUUGGUGUUUGACUUGGACACGACACUACCUUUUCCUACAUAUUUUCACAAAUACGUAACAGAAACGUUUCGCUCGGAUCUUGCGCUGAGACCGGAACAUCAUAGGUACUUCAGAGUCAUACCCGCAGAAACAUAUCUAAGUGAGUUCUCAUCCGACCGCCGCCACAUGCGAAGGCCAGAUGGCAGUUGGAUAAAGCCACCGCCGUCAUACCCGCCCAUACAGUCAAGCAGCAAUGCGCAUAGUUUGGGUGACUUUAUCUGCAUGAAUGCGGGCAAGGGACCCGGCACCGUCUACAGCCUCUCGGAAUUCGUGCAAACCUUCUACAAGGCGCCGAAUGUGGUGGCGCAGCAGAACAACAAAUAAUAUCAACAUUGCUGAACAGCUAUCAAUGAAGUGCCAGUCAAGUUAACGAGCCGACAGUAGCGCCAAAACGCCGCAUGUGCACUUGCAGUAGAAAAUGAGAAAACGAAAGAGUUGCUACUGGACUAGUUGUUUACGCUUAUAUGAAUUAUUUAAUAGCAAUACGGAGUGCAUUGAGGGUCUAGCAAUGUUUUGUAAGCAGUGAUGCUAUGUCGUGAGUGUCAACGUAAAGAUCAAAUAAAUAACAAUAACAGCAGCAGCACAUGCCAAUAAGUAAAGGAGCAGAAUUGAGGACAACAUGAAUAAGUUAUAGCUGGUUUCAGCUAGAUAUUAUCGUCAGCAAAAGCUGCCUUCAAUGUCGCACUCAAAUUACUCGCUUGCACUCGGCGCACGAAUGCCAUGCAGGCUAUCAAUGUACAGCUGAAAAUGUCACUUAAUUUGCAUACAAUACAAAAUUACCUUUAGCUUUAGCCAAGCAAAGCUGCCAAGCUUUAACGACUGCAAGAUCCUCGAACAAGUGCCGAUUUUUCCUUCCGGUUCAUUCCGAUUGACAAUGCUUCUAUUAUGCGCAGAACUACAUGAGCAGUCCUACCGCUUGCACCUCGCAACUCCUUAGUGAGAAGACUAGAAUGCUUUGCCAGCAUUCAGUAAAAAAUGCUUUCCAGGUAUGUGCUAAGCCGAGGAAUAUUUUCACUUGUAUGCAUGCCAUUCUAUUUGCUGCUGUUGUUGUUGGCUUCUCAUAUUUAUAACCAAGCAUCCUUGCCGACACUGGCGCUAGCAUACCAAGUAGAAUUUGAUGGAUUCGUUGGCUUUAAUGGCCGCUGUUGAAAACUUCAUGCUUGAUUGAAUAAUCGACUGUUGACCGACGGAUGGUUGCGGGUAGCAGAUGCAUCGGCAUCAACAACAAAA